CCUGCUGGGUGGCGGCCGCAGUCGGCGCAGGACGGAGGCGCUCCGCGCAGGUGUCCAAGAACACUGAUGGCAAACUUUAAGGGCCAUGCUCUCCCAGGGAGUUUUUUCUUGAUAGUUGGACUGUGGUGGUCAGUGAAGUAUCCCCUGAUAUACUUCCACCAAAAGGGGAAAAGCAGCCAACUGACUCAUUACCAUCAGCGCCUUGAGAUCAUUGAAGCCGCAAUCCGAACUUUGUUUUCAGUCAUUGGGAUCCUGGCAGAGCAGUUUGUUCCAGAUGGGCCCUACUUCCACCUGUACCAUGAAAACCAAUGGGUGAAGUUGAUGAACUGGCAGCACAGCACCAUGUAUCUGUUCUUUGCAGUCUCAGGAAUCGUGGACAUGCUCACCUAUCUCGUCACCCACGUUCCCCUGGGGGUGGACAGAUUGGUUAUGGCUAUGGCAGUAUUCACUGAAGGUUUUCUCUUCUACUACCACGUCCAUAACCGACCACCCUUGGACCAGCACAUCCACUCACUCCUACUGUGUGCACUGUUUGGAGGGACUUUCAGCAUCUUCUUAGAGGUGAUCCUCCGGGACAACAUUGUGCUGCAACUUUUCCGAACCACUCUUGUUAUUCUUCAGGGCACCUGGUUCUGGCAGAUCGGGUUUGUGCUGUUCCCACCGUUUGGAGCACCCGAAUGGGACCAGAAAGAUGAAGCAAACAUCAUGUUCAUCACCAUGUGUUUCUGCUGGCACUACAUGGCUGCCCUCUGCAUUGUGGCCAUCAACUACUCUCUCGUUUACUGCCAUUUGACUCGGUUAAAGAGGUGCGGAGGAGAAAUCAUUGGGAUUCAGAAGCUGAAGUCAGAUCACACUUACCAGACGGCCCUCCUGACUGGCUCAGAUGAAGAGUGAGGAGGCUACCCGUCAUCAGUGCGGGGUGGACAUGUCCCUUUGAGCACAAACAGCUAGAGUGUGCAAAGGUGUAGCUUGUCUCCUCCAUUUCAAUGCUUCCUUUGGUCUGCUCUUACAGUUCUAUGUAUUCGCACUUUCUCAUUUAAUUGGCUAAAGUUUGUGUUGCUGUGGUAUCCUUCAUAAAGAAAACUGACGCAAGCCUUUAUUUUUGUCUCAGUAUGAAGAGAAAUCAAAGACUCUGAAAGUUUGAGAACAGGAAGUGGCCACGGGAUGAGUCUGGGAUAGGAAUCCAGCAGAACAUCCUGCUUUUGAUAACUUCUCUCUUUUUCAAAUUUCAAGAAAUCAGGUACUUUCUUAUCAGAAAGUAAAUACACGAGACUGACUUUAUUUUAAAGAUACAAUUCUACCACAUACUUCUUAAAGUAAAAUAGUUCACAAACUUUGGUACUUUAAAUGUUACUAAACAUUUCCUAAUUUACCAUUAAUAUUCCAGAGUACUGUAAUAUCACUGAUAAGUCACGACGUUGGGCCAAACGUAUUUUUUUGUUUUGUUUUGUUUUGUUAAUCAGAAAGCUAGUCAGUGGCCCAGCUGAGAGCUGGAACGCAAAUGUUCUGGCUCCUCAAAAGAACUCUAAUAAGAAGACACUAACAGGAAGUGUGUAUAAUGAGGUAGAAAAAUGGCAGGUUGCCGAAGACCUUGAAUUUCAAUACAGCUGAAAGCAAAGCGUAAGAAUCGUGCAAAAGAUGUGACUCUUGAACUAGUAAUAUAAAGUCCUGACAGUCUAAUCUUG